AUGUUCUUUAUGCAAAUGAACCAUGGAGACCUUCUGGGACUACAGCCAGGUUUCAAUGCUGUCAAGUUAAUUUCUGAAGUUGAAAGCUCUACGGGUACUGACAAGUCAGAAGAGGCUCUUGCAGUGAACCCUCGCACCAACAGGAAGGCACUGAUGCGACAGAGGGACUAUGGACAUCAAGAAGCAGAGCAGAGAAGAAAACACCAACAGAAUUCCAGCAGGGAUCACGAGGCAACUCGCAGAGCUCAAAGCUGCUCAAAGGCAAUUAACCUGAAGGAAACCGCAAAAGUCAAUGGUUCGUACUCUUCUGAUGUCUUUUCAUGGAAGCAAGGCCAGAGGUUGAUAAGAAUGUUGCUUGGCCCACCCCCCAAGCCUCCACAGAGCCCAGCCACACCUCCAGACACCAAUGACAGGAACAGUCGAUAUCUUUCAGAUGAGAAAGUAAAAGACCCCGAGGAACAUGCAAGAUCAUCUUUUGAAAGGAGUCCCAGGAGAAGACCUUGCGUUGCAAUUGAGGAUGAUCAAUGUUGCAAUUCCAUGAGAAUUGGAUCGUUGGAAUCUGGACAGCCAUGUUUGGAGGCCAUGCAGAUAAAUGGAACCUUAGAGGGUUUACAGUCAGAAAAGACUGCUGGAAUGAACCAAAACUUUACUUGGAAGAUAGGAGGUGAUAACACAAACAUGGAGGGAAAGUGUUGUGAAGAUGAUCAGAAGAGCCCUGCUACUCCUAAGGGAGACAAACACCUUUUAUCUCAUGAAGAUGAACAAGGUGGCCCAAAUCACUGGAGCUGUAGCUCACCAAGGAAUUGUGCCAUGAGACAGAAACCCUAUUUAGGAGGCAAGAGAAGACCUUUACUUCCAGAACAUAGAGCAGGUUCCUCUAGUCCACUGCAGAGCAAAGCUGAGAUGGAAAACCAGGAAUGCUGGGCACGAUCUCCCGUGGCUCGGAGUUACAAUGCAGAGGAGGUCCGCGAGUACAUGAACAAGCAGGUGGCUAAGCGCAAAAGGAAGGAGAGUGAAAGGAAACAGUCGGCAAGGCAGGCUAUAGAGAUGAAGAAGAAGAGACUGCAGGAGGUCUACAGGAAACAGAAGGAGGCUAUCUCCAAACAAAAGCGAUGGAGACAGAGAGGCACUCGGCCUGCUCACCACUAUGCAGAUGGAUGUAAAGAUUCCACAAGGCCAGGAAAGAGUUUGGGGUCGGCUCAACCGAUGAAAGAUCAGAUACCAUCAAGGGACAGGCCAGAGUCUGGAGACUUGGAGGGAAGUGGGUCACACGAGUGGGAGUUGAAAUGCCCCGUGGGGUCAUCAUGUCGCUCGCUGCCUGGCCAGUGUAGCCCACUGAGAAUUCAAGGUCUGGAACCACUUCGUCGCUCCCCAAAGUUGUCGUCCAUCUCACCAGUCACCAACCGACCCCUCGCAGCACGGGAGCAGGAGCUGGGCUGCAACACCGCUUUCCGCAGCAGCUCUGAGUGCAGGAACAAGCAGCAGCGCAUUGAGGCCCUUCGCUCCAUGGCCACGGCCCUCAGCAGCCGCAUUGAGGAUGAGGCGAAGAGACUGUGUGUGGAUGUGGGGAUUCUGCCAAGCCCUGGAGGUCGUGGUAGCACCCUGGAAUGGAAACGAGACGGCUUGGCUCAGCCUGUGGGACUUGAUGCUGCAGUCAUGUGGGCUGGUGCUGGUGGACCGGAGUGGCAAAGUGUCCCAAGUAGCUGCCUGGUGACGUCACCAAGCGUGCCGACUGACUUCAGUCUCCCGCCCAACUCCCCGCAUAAGGAGGAAGGCCAAGCGGAAGCUGAGAGACCAAAGGUCAAGCGUGCCGAGAAUAAAACUGACCUGGAAGUUAAGGAACUCAUGGACGAGCUGCUGCAUAGUCCCUCUUCUCAGAGUGACGACUUCCUGUGGAGUGACUCUGAAGGUUGGUCAGAAUGUGAACUGCUCUGCAAACCCAGAAAGUCAAGCAACCAACUGCUGGAUGAAGACAAAGGGUUGGCGGAUCAGUGUGAUGGCGAUCUGGGGGCCCUCAGCAAGGGAAACCAUCAGCUGGAAAGGAAAGCCAGUGUGGAUGAGACUGCUUUUGAUGCACUUCAACCUGAGAACUGGUCCCUGGGCAGAAGAAGAUCUUGGGAAACGAACAACGUGCAAGAUGGCAACAAAUCCUUCUUGAUCCAGAAAAGUCAGAGGUUGGGUUCACACUGGUCACCAUCCAGGACCAUGCCGACCCUGCCUUCAGGAGGGAAGCAGUUUGGUAUUGUUGAACACAGCUGUAAUUAUGUGAGGUCUCAGUCCCCCAGAAACUCUGGUCUCUCCCCUCACAGUGGAACGCCAUUGGAUGAUUCCAGGCCUGCAGCCAGCCCCAGGAAAGUGACCACAAAUGAGAUGGUGAAGAGGAAGAAGGACCCUGUGACCCAGAGGGUAGCUGAGCUGAUGAAGCAACUCCAAGAGGAAACUGAGGAGUUAAGUUUCCGCUGUAGGAUGAAUACUUCCCUGAAAGAAGACUCAGUGCUGGAGGUGAAGAGGUCCUUGGUGUCCCCUGACUUCACUGAACAUUUGAGGAACAGCAGAAGCAGUGCAAGUGCAGAGAUCUCAGUGGAUGGGAAAGGAACUGCUCACACUUCAGUCACCCAUGGAUCACUGAUGAAGGAUAAGCUAAUGGAGCAGUCCCUUUGGUCCCUGUUGCCUUCUGAGAGCCAUUAUAGGCAGACAAUGGAAAAUAUUAAAAACCUGCAUUCUGGGGACAGCCGUGUACGGCACAGACCAAGCACUUCUUUUAGCAAGUUACAACCGUGGGAGGAAACAGGAAGGCCCAUCUUUGGGAACCAGGAUGCAUUCAGCCGUUUUGCCCUCGAGAUGGCUCACCAGUACCUGAAGGAAGAGGAUCUUCGAGCCAGGCACCAGGCAGCUCUGUUCCGACUGAGGGAGAAAGCACUAAAGGAGAAGACCAAGGCUGAGCUGGCUUGGCUGGAGCAUCAGAAAAUACAUCUCCAGGACAAAGGGCAGGAUGACAAACGGCCUGUCAUCAUCAGGAAGCAGCGGCAAGUUCUGCUGAAGCUACAAAAGGAGAAGGCAGAGAUCAGGCACCUCCAGAAUGCCUAUCGGGUCGCGCACCAGGAGAGGAAGCUCCUCCUGAAACAGCAGCAAGAGAUUUUUCGGAUUCAUCGGUCAACAGCACACCUACAGUGGCAGCUGAGCAGGUCUGCCACAGGCCCUUGGUUUUCAGGAGGGAAGGACACCUCAUCGCCUGCAGCUGCCGACAGUGAAUCCACACACUUGGCCGGUCCUGAGCCUGACCCAGAUGUGGGGUGCUCUUCCCCUCAGUCACUCUUGGGCAGUGAAGGCUGCUCGGCCAUGGACCGACUGAAGGAAAUGCACAGGAAACUGGAUGAAAGGUUCCUUUCUAAAAAAGAGGAGGAGCUGAUCAGGCGGCGGAGACAGGCCAUGGAUGUGCUGGCAUGGAAGCAACCUUUGGAUGUGGAGGAGCCUGUCAUUCACGGGACUGAGACAGAGGCUUUGGCCGCCUGGAGCCCACAAGUCAGGGAGCAAGUUCCAGGCACACGGGAUCCUUCCACGGAGAAAGAUAACAGCAAUGCUGAAGAAUGCUCCCAUUCCCCAGAAUCAACCAAGCACCUUGAGAUCAACAAAGUGAUGACACUGGCUGAAGACUUUUCUUUGGAUGAACUAAAUAGAAGGAAGCAGAAUGCGAAACCAGCUGAAACUUUGAAACAGAUCUCUACAGUUCUCGAACCUUCUGAAAACUUGGUGACGAAAGCAGCCAAGAUUCAAUCAGAGAAAGAUUUCCUCAUCAGUGAGACGGCUACAGAGCCAACAGUUGGAGAAACUCGCACCUCACCACUGAGACGUGAGCUGCCGAGCCACAAGGAGGUGGUGGGCAGCAUACGGAGUGAGCAAAGGAGGCGACAGAGAGAAAAGUUAAAGAUGGAGGAAGCUGAACUGUGCAGACAGCUGGAGGUGUAUGAUGCCUUUAUCAGUAGGACACAAGCUGAAUUGAUUUUGGAUGAUGACGUCAGCCAUGGUCUAAAGCCUCAAAUUAAAACCCCUGCUGCAGCCCAGUACAAGCCACAAGUUGAUUCUCCUCCGCCACAGAGAUCCAAUCUCCUUCAGCAUUCACCAAGAAAAGGUGCUACAAUACUUCAGCCACAAGACUUGCUUUCACAGCAAGAUGAAAAGGCUAAAGAUGUGGCAAAGGCAUUGAAACCACAAGAGAUAGCUGGAGCUGUGCACUUACCCUCACCUGGUAAAUCUGAGACUGAUGAAAAGCCAUCCUAUGGCCCCAAUACCCAGCUACCUCCUCCUUCCCAUCCUAUUAAUGAGAUGCAGAGUGAAGAAAGCCAUCCAGGAACUUUUAAACUGUGUGUCUGCCCAGAAUGGUCUGGCAGUUUGGACAUUGCUAUUGAGCAAUCAGAUCCAUCCCUCACCUCCAGGGCAGUUCUACAAUAUAAUGGGUCUGACUCUUCAGCUUGCAAUAGAACCAAAAGCAGUAAUGACCUAUUAUCUAUAAAAUGCCCCCCUGAACAAAAUGCAGCCAUAUCUCCAUCAAAAGAAAAGGAAUCGUUUCAAAGUAUGUCCCAUUUGCACCCAAAUGAAUUUUGGAACAAUUUUCCCACCAAGGCAGCAGAUCGUUCUUCACAAAACUCUUGCCAGAAUUUUGUGAAUAGCAAUACUAAACAGAAAGCAGAUCACGGGGAGGAAUUUGAGAUAAAUCAAUCGAGCACUAUUGUCACGAAUGCAAAAGACAUCAAAGAAAAUGGAUUUGGAUUCCCUCAUCAUUCGGCAAAUAUCUCUGGUUUCACGCCGCCUUUUAGCCAGCAGCCUGCUUUGGAGUUAAGAGCAAACAAACCCACAAAUGAGCUUGGUGGUCAGGAAAGGGUAAUUACUGAAUCACCCCCUAGAAAGACUGAUAAUCUCUGUAAACAAGCUUCAGUUCUUCCUCCGCUGAGCAGCAGCUGCUCGCUGAAAGAGGAUGCAAGUUUGGCACAUGGUCAGCAGACUGCUGCUAGAGACUCCAGGACUGCAGAAGUUAUUUCCCCAGAAAGCUUCCUUUCAUUCAUUGAUGACUUUCCCAGCACUGAAGAUAAGUCAGAAGAUAUGGAAAAAGACUUGUUGAGCAAAAGAGAUGUGCAAUCAUCUGUGAAAAGUACUUUGUGUACAAAUGAAAUAUUCCCAUCUUUACCUCAAGAAGCAAGUUCAUUAAGAAGUGAAACAGUUGAAGAAGUGACCUCGUGUUACAAAGAUCAGGUACCUCUAGCUGAAGGCAUUGCAUCUGGAAGUGUUGAACUGCCAUUUUUGAAUGCUGAAGAGGUAUUGUGGAGACAGCAAGAUUUAUUGCCAGUUUUAAAGUCCAGUUGCAAAAAGAAAGAUUUGGCCAUUCCACUCGUUGACUCAUCAGCUGAGAAGGAACAGAUACCUCCUGUGGAAGAAAUCUCAUUCACAAAUGAGGAAUUGCCAUCUCCACUUGAGGAAGACAAUCCGCUCAGUAUGAAGGAGUUGAACUCUCAAGUUGAUGAAUUAAUGCUGUAUGAAACUGAAGUCUCUUCGUUUCCUGCUGAAGCUGGUAUCUCAUUUGAAACUGAAGAAUUUCCUCCAUCGCCUCAAGAAAUUACUAUGUUCCCAAACAAAGAGCUUCCAUCUCCAUCAAGAGACAAUGGCAUUGUUCGAAUUGAAGACUUAGCUCAAUCAUCUGUCGGCAACUCUUCCGUACGUGAAUCAUCUGUGGGUGAUAAAAACAGUGGUAUGAACACUGAUGAAUUCACUCGCCUUCCUCCUCCACCUCUUGAAGAAAUGGUGGAAGAAAGGAAAAGCAAUGACACAGAGAAAUACAAAUGUCCCCUCAGAGCAAAUAGAGACAAGGAAACCCCCUCAGUGUUUUGUGGACAUAGUCUCUUGUUAGAACCCUCAAGAAUCCACCUACCUCAAACAAAGCAACAAAUGGUCGAUCCUUUAAGGUCCUUUACUAUCAGAGAUCAAGUGUUGGUAGAUAAUAAGGAGCCUGAUUCCUUAAAAGUUAAAGGACACAUGUCAUUUGGUCAGGAUUACUGGGCUGGUGCAGAAAGAGAACAUGAUGGAGCCUUCUGUGAGCUGAAAUCCAUGGAAUGCACAAAGAAAUGUAACAUUGGUGUCACUCCAGAAAAGCUUUUCCACCAAUGGGAUUAUUCUGAUGUUAAUACCGACGUCACUGACAGUGAAGGCUCAUUCUCUGAGGGAUCACCCAUUCUAAACCAGAAAGGUCUGGAUGAUGAUUUGAAGCAAGCUCAUUCUUUUGAAGAGGAAUCUGAGAUGAAACUAAAGGAGAAGGGAAUUGCUUCCCAGGUGAAAGACAAAAGACCUAUUUCAGACCAAGGCAACCAAGGAGAGGCACAUUGUAGUAGUAACAAUAAUCUUGAACUGGAAUGGGUAAUUCUGGAGUGUGCAAAGGCAGUAGAAUCAUUUGUAGAUUCUGAAGAUUUGCUGGAUGCUGAAAUGGAGCCAAAACCACACUUAGAAGAUUAUCUAAAUUCAGAAGGCUUAGUCUGUACUUGGUCUCAACAGCACCUUGUGGGCAAAGUCAGUGAGCAGUCAUUGAAUGACACUGAACAAUAUCUCACAGAAUACCUUGUGGAAGGAACUUUGGGUGAUGUGACUCGCAUAAGAGACCAGGAAGAUCAAAGCACCCAAAAGAAGCUCAGCCAACAUCAAAUCAAGCAAUGUUCUGCUGAAUUGAUUCGGCAAAACUCCCAGCCAGUUAAAGGACAGAGAGGUCAUGAUAGAUCCUACAAAGAAGUUACUGACCUUCUCAGAGUAGACUGUAUGCAACUCCAAGAUAAAGUUAGAAUUACAAAGGCCAGCUGCAGCCAAGAAUCCAUGGAAAAUGUGACCAGAAAUUUAGUCACAGAAAUCAUAGAUGAAGCCACAAAAGUAUAUAUAAAAAUCAAGAGAAAACGUAUUGGAAAUACAGAAACAAAACUAAUUCUCUAUUCUCAGCCUGCAGUAGGAUGUUUGACUCCAUUGAAAAUGAUGCAUAAUGCAGGGAUAUCGGGAAACGGCCAGGAUAUGGGCAAUGAAAAGCUGAAAGGACUUCAGCCCUUCCCAGGCACAAAAACCCACGGACAGAUGUUUCUGCUGGACCACUGGUGUUCUGCUCCCUGGAGGCAGUCAGAGGAAACCAUUUUUGUUGUGCCUCAUAACUUCACAGACAUUCAACGUUUGGUUGGAAAUGCUGUCAAUGCCCUAUGGAACCAACGUGGCCAGCUUCAAGUUGGCAAUGAGAUCAAUAUGUUGGAGUUCCAAAAGGAUAAGGAUACUGAUGAAAUGGAUGCUGAUGGAAAAAGCAAGAGAGUCUACAAACAGAUUCAGGAACUGCAAGAAGAAGAGAGUCACUGGGUUGAAUAUGCUGAUGAUGAACUUGCAGUGAAGAUGAAGCUCACUGAGGACAUCUUUAACAUCCUGGUUCAUGAUACUGCAGAUAUCCUCAGCACCAUCUGUGGCAAGAAGCUGGCAGAACAAGAGCUCAUUUGUUCCAGCACAUGA